AACAACAACAACAACAACAACAACAACAACAACAACAACAACAACAACAACAACAGCGCCUCGCCGCCCAAGCAGCAGCAGCAGAAGAAGAAGCACACGGUGAACGAAGUCUUCGCCGCCAUCGCCGACGAGGCCAUGAAGAGCCCGAGCGGCGCCGAGGAGCGCCAGCGCAUGAAGCAGAUCAAGGCGGCGGAGAAGGAGGGCAGCAGCAGCAAGUCCCGCGUAGCUACCCCUACGAACCCCAUGACAUCUGCUACUGCUACCUUCGCCACCGCUAACAACGCUGAUGAUGCCAACCAGCCUUCCCUGGCCAACGUCAGCGUCAACAUCGGCAACAAUGGCAGUGGCCGCCUCAGCGGCGGCAGCGCUGGCGGCAACGACGACUGGUACCGCGUCCCGCAGAACCUGCCUAACCCUUUCUUCGGCCCUCCCCUCGGCGAGAGUCUCGGCGACGACGAGUCGUCGUUCUUCAAGGACGCCAUGGGAGAUGAUGCGGAGUAUAUCUGA